UUAAUUUUUUAUUUUUUUUUCCUGCCCCUCCCGGCCUCCUCCGCGAAGAGAGAGGUGUGCUCGGGCUCCUGUGCUGCGGGAGAGGGUCUAUGGUGAUAGCACGGGGGUGGUGAGGGCUGAGGAGGGGUCUCGCCGCCGCCCCCGCCGCCGCUGAGGAGGAGGAGAGGGAGGAGGAAGAGGCGAGGCACGGCACCAUUUGCUGCUCCCUGCCCCAGCCAUGGAGAACGCGCACACAAAGACUGUGGAGGAAGUUUUGGCUUAUUUCGGCGUCAACGAGAGCACCGGGCUCAGCCUCGAGCAAGUGAAGAAGCUGAAGGAGAAAUGGGGCUCCAACGAGCUGCCGGCAGAGGAAGGAAAAACCUUACUUGAGCUUGUGAUUGAACAAUUUGAAGACUUACUAGUUAGAAUUUUGUUGCUGGCUGCUUGCAUAUCUUUUGUCCUGGCCUGGUUUGAAGAAGGUGAAGAAACAAUCACAGCAUUUGUAGAGCCUUUUGUAAUCUUACUUAUAUUAGUAGCCAAUGCUAUUGUGGGAGUGUGGCAGGAAAGAAAUGCUGAAAAUGCUAUCGAAGCUCUUAAAGAAUAUGAGCCAGAGAUGGGCAAAGUGUAUCGACAGGACAGAAAAAGUGUCCAGAGGAUUAAAGCAAGAGACAUUGUCCCGGGUGAUAUCGUGGAAGUGGCAGUUGGAGACAAGGUUCCUGCUGAUAUAAGAAUUACUUCUAUCAAAUCUACAACUCUAAGGGUAGACCAGUCAAUCCUUACAGGUGAAUCUGUGUCUGUUAUUAAGCACACAGACCCUGUGCCUGAUCCUCGUGCUGUAAAUCAGGACAAGAAGAACAUGCUCUUUUCUGGUACAAACAUUGCUGCUGGUAAGGCCAUGGGGGUGGUUAUUGCAACAGGGGUCAACACUGAAAUCGGGAAGAUCCGUGACGAGAUGGUGGCGACGGAGCAGGAACGAACGCCCCUGCAGCAGAAGCUGGACGAGUUUGGGGAGCAGCUGUCCAAGGUCAUCUCGCUGAUCUGCAUCGCCGUGUGGAUCAUCAACAUCGGCCACUUCAACGACCCCGUGCACGGCGGCUCCUGGAUCCGCGGCGCCAUCUACUACUUCAAAAUCGCCGUGGCGCUGGCGGUGGCCGCCAUCCCCGAGGGGCUGCCCGCCGUCAUCACCACCUGCCUGGCGCUGGGCACGCGCCGCAUGGCCAAGAAGAACGCCAUCGUCAGGAGCCUGCCCUCCGUGGAGACCCUGGGCUGCACCUCCGUCAUCUGCUCCGACAAGACCGGCACCCUCACCACCAACCAGAUGUCCGUGUGCAGGAUGUUUAUCCUGGACAGAGUAGAAGGAGACAGCUGCUCUCUGAAUGAAUUUACUGUAACUGGUUCAACAUAUGCUCCCAUGGGUGAAGUGCAUAAAGAUGACAAACUCAUUAAAUGCAGCCAGUAUGAUGGUCUUGUGGAACUUGCAACGAUCUGUGCACUCUGCAAUGAUUCCUCUUUGGAUUACAAUGAAGCUAAGGGAGUUUAUGAAAAGGUUGGUGAAGCCACAGAGACGGCGCUCACGUGUCUGGUUGAGAAGAUGAACGUGUUUGACACAGACCUGAAGGGACUUUCUAGAAUCGAACGUGCCAACGCCUGCAACUCGGUGAUAAAACAACUCAUGAAGAAAGAAUUCACUCUGGAAUUCUCAAGAGACAGGAAGUCGAUGUCUGUCUAUUGUACUCCGAACAAACCGAGCCGCACGUCCAUGAGCAAGAUGUUUGUUAAGGGUGCUCCUGAAGGUGUGAUUGACAGAUGUACACAUGUCCGUGUUGGAAAUGCUAAAAUACCUUUAACCCCAGGAAUUAAACAGAAAAUAAUGUCUGUCAUUAGAGAAUGGGGAACUGGCAGAGACACAUUGCGCUGCUUGGCUCUGGCAACCCAUGACAACCCUCCCAAAAAAGAGGAAAUGAAUCUGGAGGACUCCUCAAAUUUCAUUAACUAUGAGACCAACCUGACAUUUGUGGGCUGCGUGGGAAUGCUGGAUCCCCCGAGGAUUGAAGUAGCUUCAUCCAUAAAGCUGUGCAGACAGGCUGGCAUCAGAGUUAUUAUGAUCACUGGUGACAACAAAGGCACGGCUGUGGCCAUUUGCCGCCGCAUCGGGAUCUUUGUGGAGGAUGAGGACGUGUCCACCAAAGCCUUCACGGGCCGGGAGUUCGAUGAGCUGUCCCUGGCUGCACAGAGAGAUGCCUGUCACCACGCCCGCUGCUUUGCCCGGGUGGAGCCUUCCCACAAAUCCAAAAUCGUGGAGUUUCUUCAGUCUUUCGAUGAGAUCACAGCCAUGACUGGUGAUGGUGUCAAUGAUGCCCCUGCACUGAAGAAAGCAGAGAUUGGAAUUGCCAUGGGUUCUGGUACUGCAGUGGCCAAAACUGCUUCUGAAAUGGUUUUAGCAGAUGACAACUUCUCCACGAUUGUGGCUGCUGUGGAAGAAGGACGUGCAAUUUAUAACAACAUGAAACAGUUCAUCCGAUACCUGAUCUCCUCCAAUGUUGGGGAAGUUGUUUGUAUCUUCUUGACUGCUGCCCUGGGUUUUCCUGAAGCUCUGAUUCCUGUUCAGCUGCUGUGGGUAAACCUUGUGACGGAUGGGCUCCCUGCCACUGCCCUGGGCUUUAACCCUCCUGACCUCGAUAUCAUGAACAAGCCUCCGCGCAACCCCAAAGAGCCCCUGAUCAGUGGCUGGCUCUUCUUCCGGUACCUGGCUAUUGGAUGUUAUGUUGGUGCUGCCACAGUGGGUGCUGCUGCUUGGUGGUUUAUUGCUGCUGAUGGUGGUCCAAAAGUUUCCUUUUACCAGCUGAGCCAUUUUCUGCAGUGCAAGGAGGACAACCCAGAUUUCUAUGGGGUGGACUGUGUGGUGUUCGAGUCCCCGUACCCGAUGACAAUGGCUCUGUCUGUGCUUGUCACCAUUGAGAUGUGCAAUGCUCUCAACAGCCUGUCAGAAAACCAGUCCCUGAUGAGGAUGCCCCCGUGGGAGAACAUCUGGCUGGUGGGGGCCAUUUGCUUGUCCAUGUCCCUCCACUUCCUUAUCCUUUAUGUGGAACCACUGCCAAUUAUCUUCCAGAUCACACCUCUGAACGUGACGCAGUGGCUGAUGGUGUUGAAAAUCUCCCUCCCUGUCAUUCUGCUGGAUGAAACACUUAAAUAUGUGGCCCGUAACUACCUGGAACCUGGUAAAGAUGAUAGUGUGCGGCCUGCCACCAAACCCUGUGCUCUGUCAGCAUGCACCGAAGGAGUUUCCUGGCCGUUUGUGUUCAUUACUAUGCCCCUGGUUAUCUGGCUUUACAGCACAGACACUAACUUUAGUGAUAUGUUCUGGUCUUGACUGACAUGGUGACGAGUUUUACAUUCAAAGGAAAAAAAAAAAGUUUAACUUAAUUUUUUUAUUGUUUAGAGCAACUGUCUAUUUCUGCUGAAUUUUCACAUGAACAUAUUUGCCGGUGAUGGAGGUUUCAUAAUCUAGAUUUUGGUUUUUUGCUUUUUCUGACUUCAGUGGGGGCAAUAUAUUCCUCUUUUAUACACAGUUAAAGUGUCCAUUGACAUGUACAGAGAACUAACACUAUUUUAUGCAAAUAUUUUUUUGUAGAUGAAAAGCAUGUACAGUGUUCUGUUCAAUAGUCUAUUCAUCAUGUAAAAAAAAGUAAAUUUUUUUUGAGCCAGCGGACACUAUCAAACUAAAUUGGCAGCAGAUUUUAGGGAAUGAAUGUGUGUUGUCUAAAACUAAAAAAGCAUGUAACUGUUUGUCUUCUGCAUGAUCAUCCAAACUUAAUUUGUCAUAAAGUCAGGUUUUGUUCACGAGCAGAACUUUCUGCACUGGGUAGAGAGUCCUGCUCCCUGGGUCAGGAUUCCUUCUCGGUCCCCUCUUCCCUCACUCUUGGUUCUUGACUGUCCUUGUUUACACCACUUUCUGUAUGAGGUAUGCCUGAUCUUGCUCGUGCAGAAAAUACCAUUCCAGGUGCAGCCUGCUGGGGUUCUUCCAUACUCUCCAUACACAUAGGGUUGUUUUUUUUAAGGAUUAUUUAUUUGUCUAUUGUAUUUUAUUGUAAAAGACCUUACUUUGCCAGUGUUGCCCAUUAUGCAGGGAUAGGGAGGGCUACUUCUGUAUCCUUAAAUCUAAAGCCUUUUUAACACACACAAUCUGUUUCAAUUCAAAAGAGGGUUUAAGUUGGGGUUUGAUACCUUUUUUACACAUGUCAGAGCCUUUCUUUUUAUUUCUUUUUUUUUCCCCCCUUUUAAGAUCAAAAUUUGCAAUGAGACCUGAAAAAAUAACUUGCACUGCAUAGGUAGAAAUUGGAUUUCCUACACUUAGGGCACUAAUGCUCAGUUGUAUACAUGGAGUUACUCUGCUGGCCUGUUGUUAGCCUGACUUGAAGUAACAAGCUCGUGUGUGUUUUUUGUAAAAUCUGUAAAUAGCACAUGACCAAAUUGAACAUAUUGUAUAGAACUAUUUUUAUUUUAAUGUGGCACUAACCACCUUCAUUAUUACGGUAAAUGUUAAAGCAUGUUUUCAAAUUCAGUCCUGUAUCAACAAUGUGUAAGUCAUUAACAGUCCUAACUGUGGUGUUUUUCUCCAAUGCCUUCCAACUUUCAUCGACUAAAGUGAGUAUUUUUCUUCCAUUUCACCCUGCCAGUGGUGACUUGCUGUAAAAUAGCAUAUGCUGUAUACAUGUUGAAGAAUAAAUAGUAAUUUCCUUCAUUCCCAUGCUGUGUUUUGUCAAACUCUGCUGUGCUACAUUAUUAUCACCACUUUAGACUCUUGUUUUGUGGUCUGAAGCUCAAAUUAAUGAUUCCAAAGGCAAAGCACUUGCUUUUGGUUUAGUGUAUUUUAGGGUCUUUGUUUUAUAGCACCUGGGAGCCUUAGUGCCCCAAGGUCUUACAGUUUUUGGUCUUAAGUUUGAGAUAAAAUCAGAGAAAUCUGUAACUUAAGACGCUGACAGCUGUUAGCAUGAAUGUUUAGUGUCCAAAACUCUCUGGUACUCGUGGUCAGGUGCUGGUUUAGUCCAAAGCUUUUCCCUGCUCUGGAACAGGGGCUGCCCCUCAGAGCAGAGCACCCUUCCUUGGUCCCUGCAGUGCUCAAAGGGCAGGUGCUGCUCCUGGCAAAAGCAGCUCAUUAUUUGUUUUUUGCCAUCUGAGAAGACAAAAGAACAGUCUCAGCUUAACAGGGCAGCCUUUGAAACCUGCCCUGGGGUCACUGUGUCUGUAGAGCAGCAGGUGCUGUUAUCUUGUGCUGGCUCAGGCUGCUUUAGUAACCAAAUUCAAACAGCUUUGUGAUCCCUCUUAGAGGGGAAGGAUAGUUCCAGGCUAUGUUCUCUUGGUGCCAGCUGGAAUCCAGCAAGCACACAUAAUUCUCUAGGUUUAAGCUCUCGAGUGGAGAGAUGUUCCCUCAGAACACAGAGACUCUAGCAGAAAUUCCACUGCAUUGUGAUACUUUGUUUAUAGAGACUUUGACUUGAGUUGAUGCUGAAGUGGCUCAGAGGAGCCGACCUGAUGAUGUAGAAGGUGUGUUGCCAAACUGUGAGCAUUCAAAUCCCCUCAAAUGCCCUUUUUUAGUGUGGGAGAGCCAAACUAAGGUUUUGCAUUCCACAGAACCAUUGCCCUGCACUGGCCUUUUGCUGUAUCAAUAACAAAUGAGCAGCACAAAAUUCAUCCCUGUUCCUUGAAACAAAAAAUAAUAAAUAGUUCCUGUGAUAUAGAUUCCUUGAGAUCAAAGUGUGUACCGGUGUGUUAUUUGCUGGAAACAAAUUAGCAGCUUAGUUCUGUGUGCUCCCACUGCUAUUGACAGACAUUUCCAGGGCAGGAGUGCCACUGAAUCCUUGAACACGGGUUCUGCUGAACCUCAGAGCACCAUGUGGUGGCCUUUUUAAAGUUACAUGUCUGGCUGCCACCAUGAAUAAUUCUGCUUCUUGUGCAAUCCUAUUCCUGUCUUUUAUUCCCAAUAAUCUUGCUAUAACCCCCUUUUCCCUUUCCUAAGAAGCUGAAGGGGAAAAUGAUUGUCAGUGAGUAGAAUUCAGAAUAUUCAGAAUUCAGCACCUUCUCUGUUGGAUCUGUCAGUGUUGAAGAUGAAUCUUGGUGCUUGUCACGGAUUUCCAUAGAGAUCAGAGAGCUCGUUCAUGCCACUGUCUCAGAGGCACUUGGGGUAGGGCAUUGUGUUUCUUGGACUUUGCCUUGAAAUCUGGAUGAGUGGUGGGUAAAUGGAGAUUUUGGGAUCCAUCCCUGCAGGCUCCUGAGCUUACAGGAACAAUCAGGUUUUACAGGGUGCUCCUACAGAGCCCAAGCAAUCUUCAUCUGCCCUGUUUUUCUUCUAUUUCUCCCAGUCUUGUCCAAGUUUCUCUGCAGAAAUGGAGCCAUAGGGUUCCCCAAGAUCAGCAGCUGCAGAUUUUGGGUUGGAUGGUAGCUGAGCUUUCAGGACUUCUGUCUUCCAGGUGCUGUAAAUCCCACCCCUGGCUGGUUGGGAUUUGCCAAAUGUUCAGACCUGUCGUGAGCUUCCUCCUGAGCAGUGAAGCAUUCUGGAAUCACAUCCUUGUGAUCCUGGAGCUGGAGUGCUGGGUCUGGGCUUCAGCCCUGGCAGCUGAGCAGGCUGGGGGAGGCUGCAGGAGGAGCCCAAGGAGCUGAGGGCUUUUCUGUCAUGGAAAGUACAGAACUGCAGUGCAAAGUUUGUAAUUUCUGCAGGAAUUGUCUGAAGUGUUGAUCCUUAGCUGUAUAGAUCUUGUCAUCUUUCAGCCUCAGCCUUUUCAGCUGGAGAAGCCAGGAAGGGAGGACUUUUUAGGACAGACUCAUUUGCCAACAUCUCAAAGUCAAACCUCAUUUGUUUGUCCCCAAAUAUUUCCUCUCCAACCAUCCCAGUGCUGGGGUUGAAGAAGGUAACUCCUAUUGAACCAUGUUAGCCCAGAGAAUGUACACACAGCAGCCCUUGUUCAAGCAGGACUCAGAAUUCCCCAGGCUUGAUCUCCCACUCCAUUCUUACAAAGUAACUUCAUAUUUUUUGUUUCUCUUUGCUCCCAUCUCACCGAGCUUUUUCAUCUCUGCUGUUUUCUGGAUUCCUUGGUGCCCUCACACAUCACUGCUUAUUCUCUACUGUGAGAGGGGUGUGUAAGACCAGGAUCAAUCAUGUGAUUGAUGCUGCCUUAUGCUGGGAACACCAGGAAGGAUAUUGGCUUGUGCUGGGAACCCACUGGGGUUUGGAAUGAGCAGCUCCUCCUGAAUCCUGUGUUCUGUAGCAAGGAGGAUGCUCAGGCAGCUGCAGUCAUGCAUUGAAUUUUUAGCCAGGAGCUUUUGUCUUUGCAGUGCCUUGGGCUCUCUCUGCUUUCACAUGUGAGCAAUCCAAAGUGCUGAGCUACACAGCGAGCUGCUCCUUCUUGCUGGCAUCCGAGCAAUAAAAAUAGUUCAUACUUGGUUUCCUAAAACAUUAUUGCAAAUAAAUGAGUGUGAAAGAGGCUGCAAAAAACCAUUUCUACUGGUCUGUCAAAGUGCUCCGAGGCUUGUGUUGGUAGAGAGGCUGUUGGGGAGGCUCCUGGUACGAAACUGAGUUUUUAAUCUGAUGAUAGAAUGCAGUACAGCAGUGCCAGCCUGAGACACAGCUUGAGCCCAGAGUUAUGGUACACAGCCCAAGGGGGCUGAACUUGCUGAGCUGGAGGGAGGUAAAACCGAUAGAGUCGUCUGUCUCUUGCACCUGUCUUGUUUACUUUUUUACACUUCUAACCAUUAACUGUUUCCCUAAUCUCUGCUAAUUACAUCCUUAAUUGCAUUAAUAUGCAUUUUCAAAUCUUAGCAGGAGAGCCCAAAUUUUAGUGUUGAAGCAGUGUUUGGAAGAGCUUCCCUGGAGCUGUAGGGACUCAGAGCAGUCUCCAGACACAAGGCUGCCCUUGUGCUGUGUAGGGGUGAAGUACAGCAGGAGCUUUAGGAUGAUGUACUCUACCCUUGGCCUACGCAUUAAUCCAUGUAGUUUAAUGACUUCUUUAAAGCUUUCCUACUGCUUCCCAGAACAAGCUGCCUGACUUGGAAAAGGGACAUUGUUAGGUCACUUUGGGGCCAAACUUGCCAAUAAUGCCUCAAUUAAAAAAUACAAGUGCGUAUUAUGGAACUUGAAAGCAAAAAUUCCAAAGAAGUGAGAAUUGUGUGUUGCCACUGGUCAGGCAGAGAAAGGCAAAAGCUAAUUAAACACAUCUUAAUUGUUUUGCACUGCAGUCUUGAGUAGGAAGUGCUGGCUCUGCUGAUAAUAAGGGAGCUGAGCCUUAAUGCAGAGGAUUCUGAGCUUCAAGAACAAAGUAACCUGAGAGUGUCCCUUCAAUGACAGAGCAGCCAGUUACCAAACUUAACAUUCUUUCUUCUGUCACUGUUGAUCUUAGUCUUGCUUGUAUAAUGAUACUUAGCAUUCAUUCUUUCAUUAACUGAUGCCUUUUCUUUCUUUCCUUUUCAGCAAUACUGGAGUAAUCGCUUCCUAAACAAUUUUGCAGAAAUGUAAGGUUGUUUUGUUGCGUGCAUGUGUUUUUAGCAACACAUCUACCAAAACUUCUGCAUGUAUCGUGUAAAGAUUCUUUGCUUUCCCUAAAAACAAAACUCAUUGUGUUCUCUGUGGAAGAAAUGUGUGGUACCAUUAGGACUUCAUGAUACAGAUGUACAAACGUGCAAUAUAGCUUACCAAGUCGGAACUCUCUCCAGAGAAGUUGGGUUUCUGUGCUGCAUGGAGAAGAGUUUGGUUAUCUUGAGCAAGAAUUGCGGAGCUGUCAGCCAAUUUCCAUAUUCCUGUAUGUAAAAUGUCAGUUUAUACAAUGUACAAUAUCAGAUAAUGCAUGCCUUGGGUUGUAGAUGGAUCUCUCUCUGUAUUGUAUCAUCCAAACAUCCUACUCCAACAGCUUCUGUACAAUGCUCUCCUAUUUAUAAAUCCAUGGAAACGAUUACAGAUGAAUGUUAAACCGUAAGCCUCCACUUCAUAACGUUGGAUUUUUUAUCAUCUGUGCAAAUCAACCUCUUUUGCACUGUAAUGUAACUUAUUUAAAUCUAAGGCAGUAAGACAGAUGUUGGUGCAAUACAAAAUAUCGUGAUGCAUUUAUCUAAAAAGCAACGACGACGUAGCCAGUUCCCACAGCUGCAUGUGUGACCUUUAGAAGUUGUAAAUAAGAUCAAUUGUCUAUUGACAUGCUGACAGUAAGGAGCAUCACACCUAGUUUCAUUUGUAUCAGGUAAAUAAAUUUAUUCUACAAUA